AUGUCUGCUCGUAUAGGGGUGGAGGACAUUCCGGAGACGUCCGGGUUAGCGCCGGCCUCUCCGACUCUUGGGGAGCUUUUGAAGUAUGUUAAUGAAGUAAAUGGUGAUGAGACGUCAGGUCAUCGUGUUUUGGAAAUGAACCAGAUGAACAACGAGCCUCAGCCGUUGCCGUUUGUUUUGGCCUUCAGUAAUCUGACCUAUAGCGUGAAGGUACGGAACAAAUUCGGGAUUCCGGCUGUUCUCGGAGGUCGGAAUAGGCCUGCCGCUCUUCCGGCGAUGGCGGCGGAACCAGUUGGAGGAGAGAAGCUGGUUUCGAGGAGCAAGAUUUUGUUGAAUGAAAUUUCUGGUCAAGCGAGGGACGGCGAGAUACUGGCGGUGCUUGGAGCUAGUGGAUCUGGGAAAUCUACGUUGAUUGAUGCUUUGGCGAAUCGAAUCUCCAAAGGAAGUUUGAAAGGUAACAUAACUUUGAAUGGAGAUCAAUUAGAAUCCAGAUUGCUAAAGGUGAUCUCAGCUUAUGUCAUGCAAGACGAUCUGUUAUUUCCGAUGUUAACCGUGGAAGAAACGUUGAUGUACGCUGCCGAGUUCCGCCUCCCUCGGUCGCUAUCAAAAACAAAGAAGAAGCUGAGAGUUCAAGCCCUAAUCGAUCAGUUAGGGCUCCGAAACGCCGCCAAAACAAUCAUCGGUGACGAAGGACACAGAGGAGUCUCAGGCGGAGAACGACGACGUGUUUCCAUCGGUGCUGAUAUCAUUCACGAUCCUAUUCUCCUGUUUCUGGAUGAGCCAACGUCCGGCCUCGACUCCACCAGUGCUUACAUGGUAGUGAAGGUGCUGCAACGUAUUGCACAAACUGGAAGCAUCGUCAUAAUGUCCGUACACCAGCCAAGUUACCGGCUUCUCGGGUUACUUGACCGGCUAUUGUUUCUGUCUCGUGGACAGACCGUUUACAGUGGCUCGCCGGCAAAUCUCCUUUCCUUCUUCGCCGAUUUUGGCCAUCCAAUCCCGGAGAAAGAAAAUCGUACGGAAUUUGCCCUCGAUCUGAUCAGAGAUCUCGAAGGUUCUCCUGGAGGAACAAAAAGCCUAGUCGAAUUCAACAAAUCAUGGCAACUCCUGAAGCGAUCCCGACACACCCAAACCACCGGCAACGAAACUCCGACACAUGGCUUAUCGCUUACAGAAGCGAUAAGUGCGAGUAUAUCACGCGGCAAAUUAGUCUCCGGAGCCACCAGCGACCCUAACAGAAAAUCCAUGGUCCCUACCUUUGCCAAUCCAAUAUGGACGGAGAUGAUGGUUUUGUCAAGGCGGGCUUUCAAAAAUCAAUGGAGAACGCCGGAGCUAUUCAUUACCAGGUUGGGUGCAGUUGUGGUGACUGGUUUUAUACUCGCCACCGUGUUUUGGAAGCUGGAUGAUUCCCCGAGAGGCGUUCGUGAACGACUCGGAUUCUUCGCUUUUGCCAUGUCGACAACCUUCUACACUUGUGCAGACGCAUUACCUGUUUUCCUCCAUGAACGUUUCAUUUUCAUGAGAGAAACCGCUUACAAUGCUUACAGACGUUCUUCCUACGUCCUCUCUUCUUCACUCGUAGCGAUCCCAACUCUCAUUAUCCUCUCCUUGGCAUUCGCAGUAAUCACAUUUUGGGCUGUCGGACUCGCCGGCGGAGGUAAAGGCUUCUUGUUCUACUUCGCCAUAAUCUUGGCCUCUUUUUGGGCCGGAAGCUCUUUCGUGACAUUUCUCUCCGGCGUUAUCCCACAUGUUAUGAUCGGGUACGUGAUUGUCGUCGCAAUUCUCGCUUACUACCUCCUGUUCAGCGGCUUCUUCAUCAAUCGUGAUCGAAUUCCCGAUUACUGGAUAUGGUUUCACUAUAUUUCUUUGGUCAAAUACCCAUACGAAGCAGUUUUACACAACGAAUUCCAAGACCCAUUGAGAUGUUUCGUUCGAGGAACUCAGAUCUUCGACGGCAGCCCUCUUGGCAUAGCCGAUGAAGACACCAAAUUGAGGCUGUUACAAAGCAUGAGCCAAACAUUAGGGGUGAACAUCACCGCCGGAACAUGUCUGACCACCGGUGCCGACAUACUGAAGCAGCAAGGCGUCAAUGAUCUGACCAAGUUGGAUUGCCUCUGGAUCACCAUCGCAUGGGGCUUCUUCUUCCGAAUCUUGUUCUACUUCUGCUUGUUGAUCGGAAGCAAGAACAAAAGGCGGUAG